GCGAAUCUUCUAGGAGCUACAGUUUUUAGUUUUAUCCCUAUCACGAUAGUGAGAAUGGCACAACGUUCUAUAGAGAUUAUUCUUCAAUAUAGUUUUUCCAACCACCAACUGCUCGACGAGGCAUUACUCGCUGCAGGGGCACCAGCUUCAAGCAAAGACAUAGAAGGUGAAGUUCAUGGCAACAAGCGCCUUGCUCUCUUGGGAGAUUCCGUCCUGAAAGAGGUUAUUCUAGAGCCGUGGUACAGCUCUGAGAAAAGUACCGAGGAGGGCAAUAACAGAGUAAGAGAUCUAUGUCGAAACACAAAAUUGAGCCAAGUAGCUCAGGAGAGCGGCAUAUCCAGUCAUAUUACUCUAAACCCAUGCCAACAAGGUCGGGUAUCACAAGAGACUGCUGCUUCAACAGUUGAAGCGCUAGUGGGAGCGGUUUAUCUAGAUUCUGGAAAGGACAUAUCAAAGGUCAAGGAUGUUCUUGAGACAAUUGGGUUUUUCGAAGCAGAAUAAGAACAGGUAGA